CUGCGGUGAGCUGAGAAGGGAAACAGUCUGAUGAGAAACCAACCAGGGAGGAGGGCAGAGAAGAAGACUGGACUGGAUCUCCAAGAGGACAUCAUGAAAACAGGAAAAAUAAAACUGUGGUUUUUCUUACAUCUACAGUGUCUCCUGAUUGUAGAUUUAGUCGACUCCUCCUCUCUGCCCUCCACCCGGUCCCUGUCCAUCACCUCCAUGGUGGGCAGCCAGGCGGUUCUUCCCUGCAGCUGGAAGGACCGUCUGGGUGAAGCUCCGGCCUUCUGCCACGUCCAGUGGGCCACGCUGUCCGACACAGUGUUCGAACAGCGGGGGGACGAUCGGUAUCAGGCGGCCGAGUUCAGGGGUCGGGUGAAGGUGCCGGAGGAGCAGCUGGGAUCCGGGGAUUGUUCCCUGAUCAUCAGCGACGUCCAGAUCGGAGACACCGGGAGAUACGAGAGCUUCAUGGUGGUGGACGGACAGAGGUCCAGAGGAACCCGGGUCUUCAUCCAGAGCGUCAAGCUGUCCGUGUUCGACCAUAAAUCCCAUCAGUCUGGUCGUCCUGGUGGUGACCUGGUGGUGGACCUCCACACUCCUCGUUCCGUUAGAUUGGUGUUCCAGGGCAGGAACAGCUCGGUGUGGUCGGACAUGUGGAUGAGGGGGGAUAAAAACACUUGGCGCCUGGAGAAACAUCCUCUCCUGGAGCAGCUGACCAUCAGAAAUCUAAAGAGGUCCGAUGAAGGAACGUACAAAGUUCUGGACGGACAAGGCCUGGCCGUCAGCACCGUGCAGCUCUCAGUGGAAGAAAACUCCACGGCUGCCAGAGUCAAUCUGAUGCUGGAAAACAGACCAACAGAUGCUGCUGUCCACAGCAGCUGCUCACAUCUUCUCCUCGUCUCUCUCCUCGUCUGGAGUUUCCACAUCCUUCAUGUUUUCUAAGAACAUCUGUCUGAAAAGCAGCUGCAGGAACGUGAAGCUCGACACGACAGAUAGUAGAAGAAUACUGAUGGAUUUGAGUCUAAACAGCAGAAUACUGAUGGAUCUUAAGUUUAAUACCAAUUACAAAUCUCUCCGUUAAAUAUGAAUCUCAGGUUAGCUUAGCUUAGCAUAAACGCUGAAAAACAUCUCAAAUCAUUUUUCAAAUAAUUUCUGCUCAACUGUCUCUGAUUGGCCAAAUAUUGUUGAAAUCUGGAUAUUUAUAAGAUAUUUAUAAGAUAUUUGUGAGAUUUUAGCUCAUAUUCAGUCUAUGUUUGAACAAAAAUAUCUCAGGAACUAUUGAAGAUAAAAGCUGUUCCUUCAUCCUGUCAUUCAGAAAAUGCAGUAAUGGACAAAUAGAUCAGACAGUUUGGACUGAAAAAUGUUAGAAGUCUUGAAUAAAAUGCAGACGUCACAGAGUGGAACCUUCUGAUAAAUAUGUAUUUCAUGUCACAAUAGAACAAAACAGAAUUCUUUUUAUCAUUAAAUAUUAAUCACUAAAAUGAGAAUAAAGUUAUUUUUCAUUCAGCUUUUAGGACCUAUUGGGCAUAAUAAUAAUAAUAAUAAUAAUAAUAAUAAUAAUAAUAACCCAGAUCUUACUGGAUAAAGUAAUCCAAGUCUAACCGUUCUGGAUUUCAUGGUGGUUCUCCAAAUAUCAUUAAUAACUUAUUAGUUAUCUCUAAUUAGAUCAUUAGAAUGACAUAAUAAAACCAAACACAAUCACCUGUUGGGGUAGAUGAAUAUAUAUUUAUUGGUAAUCUGAUGAACUUGUGUCAGCAAAACCUCAGUAGUAAAUUUAUACUCAAUAAGUAAAGAAUUUAAUACAUUUACCAUAAAGUCUGCUGACACCAGUUCAUCAUAUUAACAUGAAAUAUAUGUAAUUAAACAUCCUUUUGUUCCAACAGACGGAUUCAUUUAGUCUCAUUGUAAUGAUCCUGAUGACUGGAUGUGGAGAUAAUUCAGAGAAAUGACAUUAAACCACAUAAAUCUACUUCAAACCAAAGCUUUAUGUCCUCUAAGUGGAAUCUGAAAAUAAAUGAAUAAUGAAUUUGCUCAUAAAUAAAACAACUUAGUUCUAUUUGGAGAACCAGAAAUCUGCUCUAUCCAGCAGUAAUAUCUGUUUCUGUGGUAAAACUCUUCAUUCCUGCUCAGUUAUAAAAGUUCAGCAGGAAUAACUUUAUUCUGGUUUUUCCUGAACAAAUACUUCAUAUUAAGAAGUAUUCUGUGUAUUUAGUUCUGUGUUAUUUAACAUGAAACUACAGUUAGUUUCUGUAUUAUCAGCUUAAAUUUAGAGACUUUUCAUCUUUUGAUCUGUUUCUAUUUAUUCUGAAUCGAUGUCAUGAUGAGAAAUUACAGUGAAAACUUAAUGUUUUCAUUUUUAUCACUUCCUGAGAUGUUUUAUUAGAUUUAAUUUCAAAAAAACAUCCUGAAAGUGAGUCGACAGCCAGUUUAACAAAAACUCUUUUUCUUUUAAAGCAUUCGAUCUAUGAGGGUAAAAUCUGACAGAUGUUUUUAUAAAUAUCCAGAUUUUAUGUAUCAGAUCUUUGGUGGUGAUCUGAGAUGGAGAAACAGCGAAGCUUUGAUGAAUCCACAAACAUCUCCAAAGAUCACAGAUGACCUCCUUCAUCUUCCUGAUGGGACACAAAUCUAUGAAUGUUUACGAAAUAUUCUGCUUUACAGGUCAGUAAUGAGCCAAUGUCAGAUUAGUUUAUCAGACUGUGAAAAAUCCUCCUUUCUGUCUUUAAUUCAUCAUGAAGUCCAUCAGAUGGACAGUUUGACCUUCUGGAAAAGAGCUGCAGGAUGUCUGUAGAAGCUGCUGAUGAACAUCUGCAGCUGCAUGUCUGAUGGAAAUCUGAACCUUCUCUCAGUCAUUUAGGAGUUUUUAUGAGAUUAGUCGAUUAUUUCAGUGACAAUAAGUGAAAUGUGUUGAACAUUUAAACAGUUCUGGGAUGAAUUUUCUGCUCAUCCUUCUGCAUAUGGAAUAAAUUUAGUUUAUCUCAGAUUCAAGGAUUUUAAAAAAAUCAGCUGGAUUUCUAUGAAAAAAUAACUGAUGAAUGAAAAUCAGGAAUGAUUUGUUGAUUUAGAUUCUUAAUAAAGAUGAGUGAUAAAAGUUUUAUCCACCAA